UAAUUGAUAACAUUCAAACUAAUUUCGAAUGUAAACAUAGUAAAAAUUUUUAAGAAACUAUUAGAAGUAUUUGUGAUUUGCCCAUUAAUAGUCUCAGAGUUUUUGCAAAAAAUUAAUUUAAUAGUUAUAAUUUUUCUUUACUUCUGUCCAAUUAUCCUUUUUAAUUAUUUUUAAAAUAUGUAUUGUACAUUUUAUAUGUAGUGAUCUCUUAAUUAUUCAAUGAAAUUUUCAGGUGCAAUUUAAUUACAGUAUUAUUCUAAGUUAAUAUCAGCAAUAAGUGAUUCUAAAAUGGAUUUCACAACUGCAUCUUCAUUUCAAAGCCAUAUUAAAAAUUUUAUUUUAGCUUCUAAAAAAUAUUCAAAUUUUCAGGAUGAUUCAUCAUCAUAUGCACUUUUAUGUUCUUUAAAGAUACUCGGACAGCCUUCUGAUCAAUUUAUACUAAAAUCAGUUGAUUUAUUUGAGCAUGAGUUUUUUAUUAAUUUGUAUGAACUAAUGUAUAAACUUGAUGGUAAUUCAGAAAUUAUGUGGGCUGCCAUUAAUGUUUUACAUGUAGUCAUCAAACAAGGAUAUACAAAUAGUACUCUAGUACAUAAAUAUAAUUUUGCCCUAAUUUUGGCAAAAAUACUCAAAGAUGAUUUAUCACCGGAUAGGAAAAUCAAAGUUCUUAAACUACUUCAGGAAUUAACUUAUGGUGUAAAAACACAAUGGCAAGAGAGCUACUUACCAGAAUUAAUUGAUAUAUUAGUGAAAUGGAUAUCAAAUAACAAUAAUGAUAUUGUUUCAUUUUCCCUUGGAGUUUUAGUUAAUGUCUGUUGUAAAAAUAAACUUGCAACACUUACACUUAUUAAGUGCACAGAUUCUAAGUCUUUUAUGCGCUUGCUAUUAAAAAUACAAUCCCAUAAUAUAUUUAUAAAAGUUCAAGUAUAUAAAUUAUUAUUGGUCCUAGAGCAAGUAUCAGCGCAAAUUCCACAUGUUGAUGUCAAUCAUUUUAUUGAUGUUACAUUUGCUGUUUUAGAAGAAGGCUUUAAACAAAAAAAUGUGUGUGUUUUACGACAUGUUGUCGAUUUUUUUGUUGAUAUUUGUGAUCAUUCACAUUGGAAAGACUCAGUUUUGUUGUAUACUAAUUAUGAAAUUAAAUUAAGAAGUAUACUAAAUAUUAUGAAUAUUUUGGAAAAUGAUAGUGUUCAACCUGGAUAUAACUCUACAUUUCAAUGUGUUGGUUUAGUAUUGCAAUUCAUUGAAUAUGUUAUUCAAUUAAAAUCAAUAGUUUCAAAGACAUUAUAUCCUGAGAUUCUAUCAAAUGUCAUAUAUUGGGCACAAUAUAAUGAACUUUGUACGUUUACAUUACCAAUUUUGCAAAGUAUUACAUAUGAUAUACGAAAUCAUAAUAAUUCUCUAGAACAAAAUCUUCAAAAUGCUAUAAAUUUUAAAUUAGAAGAAAGCUUAAAUGUUCUUUUCGGUUUGUUUGAACACAAUAAUUAUGAAAUUAAUAAUAUAGAUUGGGGAAAUUAUACAGCAUGCUUUAAACUUUUACAAGAAAUGUUAAAACUCCAUAAUUUAUAUGAAAAAAUUGAAGAUAAACUUGAUUACACUUCAUUACAAUUACUAUUUCAUUCAUUGAUGCUGGUGGAUGUCAAAAAUCCGUGUAACUUACAAAAUGUCAAUAUUGCAUUUGUUGAAGCACUAUGUUUUUUAUCAGAUUUAGUAAAUAAAAACCCUAAAUGGAUGUGUUUGUAUUCCGAAGUUUUAAAUCAAAAAAAUGUCUAUUAUAUAAUAGCAUAUAUUUUAUACAAUGGAUCAAAAAAAAUGAAACAAAAAGUUUUAGAUCUAAUUACUAAAUUUUCUCAGCAAAGUACAAAAUUGUUGUCAGAAUGUUUAGAAGAGUUAAAUCAGAUACCAUCUAAACAACUAAAUCUAAGUCAAUCAAAAGAAAUUGAACUAAAGCCAUUGUGUUCUUUUAAUCAAGAAAACCAAAUUCAAAUGUAUUUAAAUCAAUUAGAUAAUUUGUUUAAGCAUGAUAAAAUUCAAAAUAUAAGUACAACCAAUGUUAUCAAGAUGUAUCAAACUAAAUUAAGUUUGGUAUUACAAUCAGAAAGUUGGUUAAAACAUAGUAUAGAAAAUGCGUCUACUGAAAUAACUCAUUUAAACCAUAAAAUAAUGAGCUUACAUAAUGAAUCUAUCCACUUACACCAAUUUUUAUUAGAAUGUAAUCAAUCAAUUGAUACAUUAACUAUGGAAAACGAUGAAUUGAAAAAUAAUUAUAAUAAAGUUUCUGAACAACUUACUAAUGCCAACAAUAACUAUGCCAAGCUAUCUCAAAAUUAUGAAUCAAAACGUACAGUGAUAAAAGAACAGAAUGACUUAAUAAAAAAAUAUGAGAAGCAAUUAGAAGACUUAAAUGAAGAAAGUAAUAGAAUGCAAAAAGAUCUGUUGAAUCAAUUGCAAAAUGAAAAAUUAGAAACAAGAAAACAAAUUUCUAAACUUGAACAACAACUAACAGAAAAACAAUUUAUUAUCAAUGAAAAAAUUGAAGAAAUUGAUAGUAAAAAGUCAAUAAUUAAUAAUAUGGAGUUCAGUAUCUCAGAAAAAGAUAAAGACAUAAUUGAUUUACGUAAGCAACUUGAAGAACAACAUAGAGUUCGAGAAAUGAUUAGUCAGAUGUUAGCUGCUACAUCAAGUAAAUCUUAAAUUAUUAAAGCGACAUAACAUUUUUUAUUUGAAUGUUAUGCAUAAAUAUACCAUUUUUUAAUUUAAACUCAUAUAAUUGUAGUUUACUAAAAAUAAUUGUAAGAAAUUAAUAUAUUAUAAAAUCUUGACUAAUAAUGUUACUUAAAACAGAAUGGUACAAUUGUUUAUCUUAACUCAUGAAAAACUUAAUUUAUAAUCAUAAUAAUUCAGCCCAUGACCAAUUUGAAGUUAAUUAGAGUAUAAAAACACUACUUUUAAUUAUGAAUUAUUAUUAAUUAUAGUAAUUUUUACUCAUGUAAAAAGAAAAAUCCUUAAAUAUAAUCAAUUGAUUAUAUUUUUUUGUAAGUAAUCUUACUUAGUGGAAUUAUUGUUGCUUUUCAUGUAUAAUAUGAUACAACUAAUUUGACCAAAACUUAAGUACUCAAAUUAGCAUUUUACGUGGUCAGUUUUGUUCUUAAAAAUUAUUUAUACUUUUAUAAAAAUAUUUGACUGUAAAAUUUGUUAAAUUUUAUUUGACAUAUAUUUUUUUAUUAUAAAAAUUAAUAUAAUAGUAUUUAAUUAUUCAAUAUAUUAAUGCUUAUAUGUGUAUAUAUUGUCUGUAGUGU